AUGUCUUUCUUUCCUAUAUUUUAUUUGUUAUUUAACUCUCUCUCUCUCUCUCUUUCUCUCUCUCUCUCUUUCUCUCUCUCUCUCUUUCUCUCUCUCUCUCUUUCUCGUUCUCUGACUCUCUCUAUAGAUAUGCAAAUAUGUACGAAUAGGUUUUUCUAUUUAUUAAUCUCGUUCUUUUUUGUCUUUCUUUUUCUCUCUCGCCCUGAUAUCUGUUCAAUAAUUUUUCUCUUCACCUUUUGUCUUUACUUCUCCCUUUCUCUUUCCUCUCGCUAUACCCUCCCCUCCUCCCUCUUUUUCUUUGCUUUUUUCUUUCUUUAUCUCUGCUGUUCUCUCUAUUUCCCUUUACUUGACACUAUCCGACUUUCUCUGCCUCUGUUUUUUUUUUUUUUUUUUUUGGUUUGUCUUUCUAAAUGCUCUUUCUAUUUGUUUCUCUCACUCUCUCUGCAGCUCAGCUUUUCCUACUCCGCCGAAAUCUCAGUAACUUUUAAUUUCCUCCUCUCUCUCUCUCUCUCUCUCUCUCUCUCUCUCUCUCUCUCUCUCUCUCUUUUCACUUUUCUCUGCCCCACUCUCUAUUUCUAUCUGUCUGUCUGUCUGUCUUUCUCUCUCGCUAUCUAUUUCUCACUCUUUUACUCUUAA